AUGGCAGAAGCACCCUGUAUCCCAACUCAUGUGCUCAUCUUCCCCUUCCCGCUGCAAGGCCACAUGAACCCCAUGUUUAAGCUAAGUGAGCUCCUAUGUCUUGCAGGCAUCCAUGUUACAUACCUCAUCACUGUCCAGAACCACUCUCGUCUCCUGCAGAACACAGACAUUGUUUCUAGGUAUGCUAAGUAUCCGGGGUUUCGUUUUCAGAUGCUGCCUGAAAACGUCUCCCAUGGAAACGCGCAGCCCAUAAAGAUAUUCCUCCAGUUGUAUGAAUCUUUGAAAACAGUACAACCAUUUCUUAGAGAUGUGCUGGUUGGCCGAGGGCAAGCAAGGCCUGUGACGUGCCUGAUCACGGAUGGACUCAUGAAAUUUACACUUGAUGUUGGGGAGGAGACUCGCGUUCCUGUUGUUUACUUUCGUACUGCUAGUGCAGCUUCUUUUUGGGCUUACUUUUGCUCUGACAAAAUUGUUGAAGGUGGUGAAUGCCCUUUUGAAGGAGACGACAUGGACUUUCCAGUCAGGAGCGUGCCAGGCAUGGAAGGUUUUCUCAGGCAACGUGAUCUGCCAAGUCCAUUUCGUGUUCCUGACAUAAACGACACAAGUAGUUUUUACAAGAUAAUGUCUGUUGAAACUCAGCAAACUGUGCGUGCUCGAGCCCUUAUACUCAAUACAUUUCAAGAUCUUGAAAAACCAAUCAUUUCUCAGCUAAGCACUCAGAUCCCAGAUAUCUACACGUUUGGACCACUUCAUGCGCACCUCAAGGCCCGGAUGGAUGUGGAAACAACUUCCUCAAUGACGGGCUCUUCAAGCAGUUUAUGGGAAGUGAACAGGAGCUGCAUGUGGCGCCCUCCAAACCCGGGUCAGAAGUUUGGGGUCCACAACAUAACAUAA